AUGAUGAAAUCGAUAACGACUUCGUCAUCCAAUAGAGAAGCUCAGUUACAAAAAUGGCAACGUCAUCUUCAUGGUCGCACCCACCUAAGUUAUCAAGAAUUUCUUUAUUUGCUCCGGCAACGUCAAUUGUUAGAAUCACUCUUUUGGUUAUUUGAUCGUGAUUCAUGUGGUUCAUUGUGUGAGUCGGAAUGGAUUGGAUCGAUUUACAAAGUUGUAGAAACAGCAAAUCGUACGAAAGAUGUUCGAUCCUUGGAACCAUUUACCAACGGUUUCAGACGUAUUUGCCCUGAACAUGACGCACUAUCAUUAAAUAACUUCUGUAAAUUAUUCGAAGAUUCUUCAUUUCGUCGGCAAUUUGCUUUAUUAUUCAUUGGUGAAACAAACAUAUUGACCGUCGCCGAAUUUUUCAAUAUUCUCCGUACUGUUUCAUAUGUAAAAACUGAUAUCAAAUGGCUGUCAUGGCUCACUUAUCAAUUUCAUAUGAUAGUGAGCAAACAUCGAAAUAGUUCGCCUACAGAAGAAAGUAUGGACUUGGAAACAUUCACCAAGAGUUUCUACUUCAAAGUUCCUCAGUUAGCGGCAAGUUUGUUCAAUUAUUUGGAUACGGAAAAAACGGGUCGAUUGAAAUUAGAAGUUCUCAUUGAUAAACUCGAAGCGAUUGUCAAUGCGAAUGAUAUUGAAAAGCUCGAAUUUCUUUUUCGAAUUUUCGAUCAUGAUGGUGAUGGAAUUAUCGAUUUCAAUGAAAUGAAACUAUUACUUCGUUGUUUCCUCGAACAAUCGCCAUCAUUGGACUUAGAAGAAACAUUAGCCGAAUUAACUGCAAGUUUAUUUCAAGAAACUGAUGUUGAUGGUUCAGGGGAUAUAAGCUUAGAAGAAUUAACCAGCGCCUUCAAUCGAAAUGAACAUUUAUUCAAAGUUCUUUCACUCAGUACCACUAGUUGGAUUCAACCGAAACCAGCGUCGAUUAGCAAAAGUCACAAACGUUCGUUAACAAUUCGUAGUUGGAUACGAAAUAACAUUGAUCUCGUCUUUUUCUGGUCAUUGUAUCUAAUCAUUUGCCUAUGUAUAUGUAUCAAUGUCUUUCGAAUUUAUCUCAUCCAACAACAAGCACAUUUCCUCGUCAUCAUUGCUCGAAUUAACGGUGGACUAUUGAAUUUUAAUUGUGCUUUGGUACUUUUACUGAUGCUACGCAAACAUAUUACAUGGCUAAGAACAAAAGGUGGUGGUAUCAUUCUUCCGCUUGACCAUCAUAUUGAUAUACACAAGAUCAUUGGAAUUAUCAUUCUGGUUGAAUCAAUACUGCACACCGCUGCACAUUUAGCUUAUUUAGGUCAUGUGUUCUAUGUUUGUUCGUUGCCAAGAGAUUGCGGUUUUCCAUGUCACAGCAAUUCGAGUACUCUUCAUUAUCAUUUGUUCAAUGAAUCGGCAUCAAAUCGAAUGAUUUUAACAACAAGAUAUCAUUAUGAUUCGCUGAUAAACCAAUGUGAUCAGUUUAAAUACCACGGUUGUGGCGGAAAUUGGAACAAUUUCGAUACGGUAGAGAAAUGUGCUACUCGAUGCAAACCAUAUCGUGACACACAUCAUAAUUAUGUUGAUGCACUUAUCACAGCUAAAUUAGGCCUUGGAUACAUCACUGGCGUGAUUGAAUUCAUUUUAGGAGCGAUUUUUUAUAUCAUGUGCUUACCUUUCGUCAGAAAAAGUGGUCAUUUUCAAGUUUUCUAUUGGUGUCAUAUGUUAACUCUUCCUUGGUUGAUUAUCAUGCUUUUACAUGGGCCAAGGUUCUGGAAAUGGUUAGCUGUACCCGGAGGUUUGUACGCCAUUGAGAAAAUUCGACGAUAUCAUCAAUCACGAUCAAAUAAACGUGGAGAAACGUUCAUCAUGGAAGCAAUCUUAUUGCCGUCUCAAGUUAUUCAUUUGGUGAUUAAUAAACCAAGGAAGUUCACUUAUAAACCUGGUGAUUAUAUUUAUAUAAAUAUUCCUGCAGUAGCCAGUUUUGAAUGGCAUCCAUUCAGUAUCAGUAGUGCCCCGGAACAUAAAGAUAGUCUUUGGCUUCACGUUCGGGCCUGUGGCCACUGGACACGACGUGUUUACGAUUUAUUUCGAACUAAAUUACAACAAGAUCAUGGCGUUUCACUGGAUGAAAAUAGUCAUAUUAAUCUUCGAACAUCGAUGCGUUCUCGAAUGUCGAAAACUUAUAUCAGCGAAUUACGUGGUUCAAAUCCAGAUGAAUCAGAACUUCCGGCGAAUUUCAAUAAAGCUAAUCGUCUUUUUCGUUCAUCAGUACGAGCUAGUGAAGAUAUAAGACCUAAAUGCAGUUCAGUCUCGUUGCCUCAAGUUCGAUUUCAAUCAAAACUCUCACCUUCGUGUCACUCGUCGAUUACCUUAUACGAUCGAAGUAAUCUACAUUCAACAAACACAUCAACUCUUACGACUGAGCGUAGAAAUGAAGUGCCAGUCAGCGAAGAACCCCGUGAAUCAUUACCGAAAACAAAAAAUCACUUAACUGUUCCAACUAAUGAUGAUCAUUGUCUGCGAACAUCGAAUACACCGUCAAUGAACGAUGAACCACAAGAUUAUGCUUUUAAUGACUCACGCCUAUCGGAUGCCUUGGGCUAUCUACGUAUGUAUCAAAAUCAUAAUCGAAUACAAAUGAAUACACUUCAAUUUAAUGAUCGGGAAGAUCUACAAAUUUUAAUUGAUGGACCGUAUGGAGCACCGUCUCAACAUAUUUUCGAAGCUGAACACGCUGUUCUGAUCGCCGCUGGUAUCGGCAUCACGCCAUUUGCUUCGAUUUUACAGAGUAUCAUGUGCCGUUACCGAAAUCUUCGACAUAAGUGUCCCAAUUGUGAUUAUAUCUGGGAUAAUCCUCAAGAUGAUCAACCGUUUGUUAAAAAGGUCGAUUUCAUUUGGGUCACUCGCGAACAACGUUCAUUGGAAUGGUUCAUUAGUUUAUUAGCACGAAUGGAAAUCGAACAGCAGCAUCUACAGCAAAAUUCCGAUAAAGGGCCUUUACUCGAAGUUCAUUUAUAUGUCACCAGUGCCAAAUCAGCAGCAGAUUUGAAAGCAUUGAAUGUCUAUCUUUCAUUGGAUUUAAUCGGGCGAGAAAAUACUACUAAUUGUGACGCUGUUGAUGGUCUUCGACAACGAACCAAACAUGGCCGACCGGAUUGGGAUCAGGUAAUGAAACUAAUUCAGCAAGUGUCACGAAAAUGA